UUCUGGGAGUCUUUGAGAACAAACAAAUAAUUUUUGAUUAUUUCAAUUUUGCCUUGUAAACAGCAUCACCAAUUAACAUCAAAGUAUUAGUGUUUUUUCAAUAUAUAAAAUCGAAAUCCCCUGCUUCUUAAUUAAUUUAGUUGAAUGAGUCUACCAAGAAUCAACUCACCGAGUUUUCAGUAUCUGCUCAUUCUUCACUGAACGCAACACACACAACUCAACCUUAUCACUUGACCGGCGCCAAUCCACCAAAUUUAUUUAUAUUCCUUGGACCCUUUUGGCUGUGCUUUAGGAGACUGGGGUUUUAAUGGCGUUUUUGCAGAGGCAAAUUUUGAAGAGGAAAUUGGGGCUUUAUGGGAACUGUAGAAGGAGUCUCUGCAGUUCGCUCUCUGCUGUUCCUAGUGAUGAUAAUUCUUCUUCCUUGCCGCCCCAGUUGCCGCCCUUUGAUUAUCAGCCUAAGCCUUACUUGGGUCCUUCUGCUGAUCAAGUUCUUGAGAAAAGAAAGCGCUUUUUGGGUCCCUCUCUGUUUUAUUACUAUCAAAAGCCUCUCAAUAUUGUUGAAGGUAAAAUGCAAUAUUUGUUUGACGAGAGUGGAAAGCGGUACCUGGAUGCUUUUGCUGGAAUAGUUACUGUGUCUUGUGGGCAUUGCCACCCUGAUAUCUUGAAUGCUAUUACAGAGCAAAACAAUCUUCUUCAGCAUGCAACAACUAUAUACUUACACCACGCUAUAGCUGACUUUGCUGAGGCAUUGGCAUCAAAAAUGCCUGGAAACCUAAAGGUUGUGUAUUUUGUCAAUUCUGGGACAGAAGCAAAUGAACUAGCAAUGUUGAUGGCAAGACUUUACAGUGGUAAUCUUGGCAUGAUUGCCCUAAGAAAUGCUUAUCAUGGUGGAAGCUCCAAUACAAUUGGACUGACUGCCCUAAAUACGUGGAAGUACCCCAUACCACAGGGUGAAAUCCAUCAUGUUGUAAAUCCAGAUCCAUACCGUGGAGUCUUUGGCUCAAAUGGUGCCCUUUAUGCCAAAGAUGUACAAGAUCACAUUGAUUUUGGAAGUUCAGGAAAAGUUGCUGGUUUUAUUGCUGAAACCAUUCAGGGAGUUGGUGGAGCAGUAGAAUUGGCCCCUGGAUACUUAAAACAUGUUUAUGACAUUGUGCGUAACGCUGGUGGUGUCUGCAUUGCUGAUGAAGUGCAAACUGGAUUUGGUCGCACUGGAAGCCACUACUGGGGCUUUGAGACACAAGGUGUCAUUCCUGACAUAGUUACCAUGGCAAAGGGAAUUGGCAAUGGUUUGCCAUUGGGAGCUGUAGUGACAACACCAGAAAUAGCUAGUGUAAUGGCUCAGAAGAUUCAGUUCAACACUUUUGGUGGAAACCCAGUAUGUUCUGUUGGUGGGCUUGCAGUGCUCAGGGUUAUUGAUAAGGAGAAGCGUCAAGCGCAUUGUGCAGAUGUUGGUUCUCACCUGAUUGGCCGCUUGAGAGCUCUACAAGAGAGACAUGAUAUCAUUGGAGAUGUGAGAGGGAGAGGCCUCAUGGUGGGGGUAGAACUAGUGACUGACAGGAACAAGAAGACACCUGCCAAGGCUGAAACUGCAGUCUUGUUUGAGAAACUCAGAGAGCUCGGUGUUCUCCUUGGUAAAGGUGGGCUGCAUGGAAAUGUUUUCAGAAUCAAGCCACCGAUGUGUUUUACCAAAGAUGAUGCAGAUUUUCUUGUUGAUGCUAUGGAAUAUGCAAUGUCAAAAUUGUAAGUAUCUAUCUGUUAAGACUGCGGGAAAUUACGUAACUCUUAUAAAUCCUCUGGACAUCAAACUCUUCAAAGAGCUUAUUCUCAAUAAUAAUAUCAAGCAAGUUCCCAACCAAAA